AUGGCCACAACAAUCAAUACAAGUGUAAUCCUCGAUUGUUUUGCUGGUACUUUACUCACUGAUGUACAGAGCAGAACCGAUGCUGAGACAAAACUUCGAGAGUUGUCAAAACAACCUGGUUUCCUCGGCUGUUGCUUGGACAUUUUGGCUCAGGCUGAAACACCAGGUCACGUAAAGAAAGCAGCUGCCGUAUAUUUCAAAAACAGGAUAAUCAAGUUUUGGAACCUCAAGGAUGAUUCAGGUACACUACGCAUAGACAAUGACGAACGGCCCGUUAUAAAGGACCGAUUAUUACCAGUGAUUCUUGUUUGUGAUUAUCACAUUAAACAACAACUUAUCCCCGUUUUGAGACUUUUGAUUUCGUUAGAGUUUGAAAGCUGGAACCUGUUGUUGCAACAAACUGGCGAGUUGUUGGCGCAGCUGCAAAACUCGGACGAGUAUUUGUACACGGCAAUGUUGUGCUUUACUGAAAUAUGCAGAAAGUUUAAGUGGACUGAUAAUGAAGCGAAAAAGCCAAAAAUGUACUCCUUAGUUGACGAGGUUUUCCCAUUUUUGUUAAUAAUUGGAGAUUCGAUAGUAAAGAGUGUCUUAGACGGCCAAGAGAUUACUGAGUUGAAGGCUGAAAUUUUGAAGAUGAUACUCAAGUCUUACAAAUUUGUCACCUAUUACGAUUUUCCAGAAUCGUUACGUACAAGGGAUCAGGUAUUUGCUUGGGGCCAAUUUCACGCUUCGGUUAUAAACAUGAGUCCUCCUAGUUAUGUGACUUCCUCGGACAUUACCGAACAGGAGAAGUCUUUUUUGCAAGUAUCCAAAUGUUACAAAUGGGCCAUUGCUAAUAUUUUGCGUUUAUUCACACGGUACGCAUCAUCAAACACUUUGAGCAGAAAAGUGAGCUACAAGGAUUUCCAUGAUUUAUUUAUUACCGAGUUUAUUCCUCGUUUUAUUGAACAAUUUUUAGCCAUCAUAGAAGAAUAUUGUCAUGGGAAAAGGUGGCUAGGUUUGACGGCAUUGUAUCAAAUUCUCGAAUUCUUGAGCCACUGUAUUGUUGAACAAACUACCUGGAAGUUGAUUAAGCCAUACUUUGAAACACUAGUUACUCAUCUUGUUUAUCCAGUGAUUGUGCCAACCGACCAAGUCUUGGAAAUAUACGACGAGGAUCCUCAAGAAUAUAUCAAUUUGUGCUUUGAUAUAACUGGAGACUAUAACAACGCUGAGUCUGCAGCAUUAGGUUUCAUCGCCACAGCUCUACACAAACGUAGAAAGUCUUGUUUGCAACCCAUCACGAAUCUAAUACAAAAUGAAUUGACUCUGUUGCAACAAUCUCCAGAAGAGACUUUGGAAGUGGCGAAAAAGAAGGAAGGGUUGUUGAGAAUAUUGGGCAAUAUAUCGGGCUACUUGCCCAAGGACGCAUCAAUUGAACCCGUGUUGUCGUCGUUGGUUAUCCCCAAUUUAAAUUCCAAGCAUGAUUUCCUCAAGGCGCGAGCCGUUGAAGUUUGUUCUCAAUUUUCCGACGUUGAAUUUACAAACCAGCAAACUUUGUCAGUAUUGGUGCAUGGUAUUUUACAAAAUUUUAAUGAUUCCGAGGUUUCUUUGCCAGUUCAAUUCAACAGUGCAUUGGCCAUACAAGGGUUUAUAGAAGUGGACGCAUUUAAGCAAACGUUGGCAACUAUUGUCUUGCCCACCAUGUCCAAGCUUUUGGAAAUGUCUAAUGAAAUUGACAACGAUGCCAUAUCAGUAGUGAUGCAAGAGUGUGUGGAAAAUUUUUCAGAGCAAUUGCAGCCUUUUGGCGUUGAUUUAAUGAGUAAAUUAGUGUCCCAGUUUAUGCGUCUAGCGAUGGAACUAAAUGAUGCAUCCAAAGUCGAAGUUGAUGAUUUUGAUGGCAAUUAUGACGAUCAAGGUGACAAGUCAAUGGCUGCUGUUGGGUUCAUCAAUACCAUGAUUACUGUUCUUUUGUCGUUUGAAAACUCUCAAGAGAUUUGUAUCAAGUUGGAGGAGAUCACUUCUCCAGUUAUUUCAUUUGUACUAGGUAAUCAAAUGGAUGAGUUUUACGCGGAGGUGGGCGAAUUGAUGGAUAAUUCAAUUUUCUUGUUGCGAUCAGUUACUCCUUGCAUGUGGUCCAAUUUUGAGUUACUUUACAAGAGUUUUGAAGAUGGGUCGGCAUUGAUGUAUGUUGAGGAGUUGAUGCCAUGUUUGCAAAAUUUCUUGAUACAUGGCAAGCAAGAGUUGAAGGGUAAUGAUGCUUUGUCUAUGUCAAUGUAUUCUAUAUGGAGUAUGAUUAUAUCCGAUGAGGAUGGAUUGGGAGUGGCUGAUAUAAAUUUUGCUUUGGAGUUUACUCAAACAUUUGUCUUGAGUUUAGAGGAAAAGGCAAACCCAUAUAUCACGCUGUUGAUCAAGUUUGCUUUUGAGAAUUUUGGAAAAUUGGAGAAUAGAAGGUUGACCAGUGCCCUUGCUGUCAAUGUUUUCAAUGUUAUUGUUGCUUGUUUGAUAUAUAAUGAUCAAGAGGUAAUUAUGUUGCUUCAACAAGCUAACCAUUUCGUUGAGUUUUUCAACAAGUGGUUUGAAAUGAUUCCUCAGUUGACUAGAGUUUACGAUUUGAAGUUGGCAUUGUUGGGGUUGGUGAAUUUAUCCAAAGUGAACUCUUUACCACAAGAGAUUAUUCAGGAAAUCCUGCACAAGUAUGUUAAUGUAUUAAAGCUGUUGUCAAAAGCUAUCCCAGAGUUGGAGAAAAAGAGAAACGACAUUAACGGUUUGAAUGGAGCAACCCAAGCCCUUCCCUCGUCGACUAGCUUUGGAAAUGAUGGUGAUGAUGAAUGGGAAGAAGACUUUGAAGAUAUUGAGGCCAAUGAAGCAGGGCAUGAGGACCACGAUUCAAGAAGCCUCUCAAUGGGCGAGUCGGUAGACGAUUUGGAUGAGGAGACUAUUCGUAAGUACACCGAUUUCCUCGCUUCACAGAAUGCAGAUUUAGCUCACCUGGGAUUUUAUAGUGACACUGAUGAGGAACUAUUUGACGAUCCAUUAGCGACUACACCAUUGGAUGGAGUUAAUGUGUUUGAGGUUUUUAAAGUGUACUUGCAUGAUCUUCAACAGAGCGACGCGAAUCAUUUCCAAAAGUUGUUUGGCAAUUUGAGUGAAGACGAGCAAAAGUUUAUAGCUGAUGCAAUUACAAUAGAGUGA